AUGAAUCUUGAUUCAGCUUGUGGGGGUAGUUGCAUGGCCAAACCGUACAGUGCAGCUAAUGAUCAUAAUUGGCAAGGUGAGGGUGAUUCGCAAAAGGCAAUUAAGCCGAAAUCAGCUGGAGUACUUGAGCUCAACGACUUGACUGCCAUGAGAGCCGAUAUUGCAAAGUUGGCUAAUCAGAUGACAAGGAUGACAAUGCAGCAACCACAACCAAUGCAACAUGUACAACAAAUGGCUAUUUGCUGCGAAUUAUGUGGUGACAAUCAUAUGAGCGACAUGUGCCCUACAAAUCCUGAAUCCAUAUACUAUGUGGGGCAGCAGAACAGAGGUCCACCGAAUCAGCAUGCACAAUAUGGGAAUUCUUACAAUCCAAAUUGGAGGAAUCAUCCCAACUUCUCAUCGGGUGGAAAUCAGCAGAAUCAGAAUAACUAUAGACCCCAAGGGAAUUUCAAUCCACCUCAGAAGCCACCCCAACAAAUGGAAGAGAGUACAAAUGAUUUGCUAAAGAAGUUGUUGAUUGACAAUCAGCAGCUCAGAACCGAUUUCAGAAAUCUUGAAAGGCAGAUUGGGCAGUUGGCAACGAAUCAGAUCACCAGACCUGCAAGCGCUCUCCCCAGUGAUACAGAUAAGAAUCCUCAAGUGAAUGCAGUUACACUCAGAAACGGGAGAGAGCUGGAGGAAGUGCCAAAGAAAAGAAAAGACAAAGCCACACCAGAGGGGGAGUUGAUACCGAAGGAAACUCAUGAAUCAAAGAAUACUAAUGCAAUUCCAGAGCAAGUGGAGGAUACAAGGCCACCACCAUCUUUCCCCCAGAGAUUGCAGAAAAAGAAUUAUGAUCGUAUGUUCAGCAAAUUUCUCUCCAUGUUGAGCCAGGAUAUAGUGGCUCACAAGAGAAGAUUGAAUGAAUUUGAGACAGUGGCACUUACUGAGGAGUGCACCUCAAGGGUCCAGAACAAGCUUCCUCAAAAGCAUAAGGAUCCUGACAGUUUCACCAUUCCGCUUGCUGAAUGA